AGACUUAUAAAACAAUUAGGUAGUCGGUAUCAAACAAAACAUCUAAUUGGUCGCGCUUUUCGCACUUUAUCUCGUCACUUUACUCGGUUUGUGUAAAAUGAGCUUGAAAGGGGCACCCGAGGUCGUCAGGUUCGUCAUUCUCGAGGACACCCUCAAUAACUCACAUGAUGAAAAGAAAACUGUUAUUGGGGUGUCCGUGGGAGUUGCGGUGGCGGUCUUAGUGGUUCUACUUUUAUUGUGUUUGUGCAAAAAUAGGCGAAAAAAAAGGUUACAAUCGUCGUUGAAUCAUACGAGUGUCGUGACCACAACUACUAGUUCUAUUAUGAAACCCUGCGUAUAUGAUAUUAGUACAGAAAUAAAACUAAGAUGUCCUGAAGAUGUCGCCCGAAGAUACGAAAGAAGCGUAUCAAACUUAUCGACGAAAAGCCAAAUUUAUCUGGUACCGUUUGACGUUCUGCCUGCGGAUUUUGAUUAUUCAUCGAGAGAGGUGGAUGUACGAGGAGACUACGUAAUUUUGAAAAAUCUCUCGUUGAUAGAGAGACAAGGCCAAUAUCAGGGAACCAUUAACGAAGGCUACGAGUACGAGCAACAAUCUGCUUAUAAUCCGCUGUAUGUGAUCUCGCCAUCUAGGGAGGUUUAUAAGAAACAGGAGUCGUAUAAUACGGAUUAUUUUUAUUGACUCUCUAAGAAGACUGACGAUGAUAAUGACGUCAAAACGUCUUGCGAUAUUAUAAUGUAGGUAAUUAAAUCGAUUAAAGCAUUACUCAUUGUUCCUUAUACUUUAAAUAAUAAAUUAGUGUUUAAUUAUA